CUGUCACCUUCGGCUGCGAUGAAGUUGAUUUUCGCCCUCUCUGUCGCCUCUGUCGCUGCGACCAAACAGUCCGUGAUGACGCUGUCGUUUGACGAGCGCACGCAACUCCGCGAGGAGUUGGCCACGUGGCGCCAAGAGUUUGGUGCCAAGGCCCAAAGCCUCAUGCCUCCCUCCGUCCAAGGCAUGACCGCUUUGGAGGCCGAAAUGGACGCACUCCAGCGUUUCUACAACAACAAGCUCGCGAUCGAGGAGGCCAGCCGCAACAACCCUGAUGCCACGUUCGACUACAACCACCCGUAUGCCCUGAUGACACCAGCUGAGUUCAAAGAGCACGUGCUCGGCUUGUCCUUUCAGGAUGGUCUCGACGCCGUCCUCGCCCUUCCCUCCGUCGAGCUGGACACCAACAGUGUCCAGGCAGCGUCAGUGGACUGGACCACCGGCAAGUGCGUCAACCCCGUGCGCGACCAAGGCGUCUGCGGGUCGUGCUGGGCUUUCUCAGCGGUGGGUACUGCGGAGUCGGCGCACUGCCUCUCUUCGGGGGAACUCUUGGACUUGUCGGAACAACAAGUGGUGAGUUGCUCCACCAUGAACAACGGGUGCCAGGGAGGCGUUCCCUGGUACGGUCUCGACUACAUGUCCAGCGAGGGAAUGUGUGUGGAGCGCGACUACCCGUACACCUCUGCCCAAGGCAACAGCGGCACGUGCAAGAAAUCCUGCACGAGGAAGAAACUCAGCAUGGGCGCCACCGUCCAAGUGAAUGGUGAGGCAGCGUUGGAAACGGCGUUGAACACGCAGCCCGUGUCGGUGGCUGUCGAAGCGGGCAACUCUGUGUGGAUGAACUACCGUUCGGGCGUGAUUUCACAAUGUCCUGGCUCGCAGUCCGACCACGCCGUUAUUGCUGUGGGCUACGACGGCUCGUCGUACAAGAUCCGCAACUCGUGGGGUGCAAGUUGGGGUGAGAAAGGGCACAUCCGUCUGCAACGCGGAAAGGGUGGGAAAGGCAUGUGCAACGUCGCCGAGUACGUGUCGUUCCCCAAAAUCGGCGCCUCGCCAACCCCGACGAAUCCCACGUCCAAGCCUACGACGACCAAGCCCACGCCCACAACCAAACCCACACCCACAACCAAACCCACGCCAACUACCAAGCCCGUGCCCACUCCCAAGCCCAAGCCCACUCCCAAGCCCAACUGUGGCUCGUGCCGCGUCUGCUUCUAUCCGCCCGCCAACCAAUGCUUGGACGGCUACAGCAAGAGCGAUUGCGAAUUCUACAGCGCCGAAUACGGCACUGUAUGGUGCGGCAACUAAACGAGGUGUGGUUGAUCGAGAUCAGCUGCAGUUCUAUUGUGUGGAUGGUCCGCGUCGUUUUCAGGGUUAAAUCGUACUACGUAGUAGUAAUUCGUGGGAAUGGACUAUUCCUUUGUUGUUCAAAA